GCGCGGGCGCGCUCCUCGGGGAGGUAAGCGCGCCCCAGGACAGUUCCUGGCUGCUCGGGAGCGCGCCCUAGCAUCCCGCCCUGUCUCGGUCCCGCGGGCCGUCUUCGGACGCGGCGGCCAACCCUGGCGGGCUCAUCCAAGCAAACAAGCAGUCACCACUUAGAGGAGACAGUAUAAGGAAUUAAUCUUAUUACCAGUGGCAUUCAAACAUUUGUGAAAUUUAAGAAUUGUAACUGCUGUUCUGAUUCAUGGAUCUUCAAAGAAAGCAGAGAAGAUUUCAGGAUUUACAAAGGUGCUGGUUUGUGCAGAUUUGAAGACCAAUAUCUUAUGAGCUUAUAAAACAGGAGCUGGAAAUAGAAUGGUGAACAAAACGGUUGGUUCCUGCUCUGUCAGAACCUAAGGUUUAGUGAGGAAGAUAAAACCAAGCAAACAAGCAACAAAGACCUGUUUGAGAUGUGGUGGUUUCAGCAAGGUCUCAGUUUCCUCCCUUCAGCCCUAGUAAUUUGGACAGCUGCUGCUUUCAUAUUUUCGUACAUUACGGCCAUAACACUUCACCAUGUUGACCCUGCUCUGCCUUAUAUCAGUGACACUGGUACAGUAGCUCCAGAAAAAUGCUUGUUUGGGGCAAUGUUAAAUAUUGCCGCAGUUUUGUGCAUUGCUACCAUUUAUGUUCGUUACAAGCAAGUUCAUGCCCUGAAUCCUGAAGAGAGUCGUAUCAUCAAAUUAAACAAGGCUGGCCUUGUACUUGGGUUACUGAGUUGUUUUGGACUUUCUGUUGUGGCAAACUUCCAGAAAACAGCCUUUUUUGUUGUGCAUGUAUGUGGAGCUGUGCUCACCUUUGGUAUGGGCUCGUUAUACAUGUUCGUUCAGACCAUCCUUUCCUACCAAAUGCAGCCCAAAAUUCAUGGCAAACAAGUCUUCUGGAUCAGACUACUGGUGGUUAUCUGGUGUGGAGUAAGUGCAUUUAGCAUGCUAACUUGCUCAUCCCUUUUGUACAGUGGGAAUUUCGGCAAAGAUAUCGUACAGAAACUCCAUUGGAACCCUGAAGACAGAGGUUAUGUGCUUCACAUGAUCACCACUGCAGCGGAAUGGUCUAUGUCUUUCUCCUUCUUUGGUUUUUUCCUGACUUACAUCCGUGAUUUUCAGAAAAUUUCUUUACGAGUGGAAGCCAAUUUACAUGGAUUAACUCUCUAUGACACUGCUCCUUGCCCUGUGAACAAUGAACGAACACGGCUGCUUUCCAGAGAUUUAUGAUGAAGGGAUAAAAUAUAUCUGUGAUGAUUAUGAUUCUCAGGGAUUGGGGGAAAUGUUCAUGAAAGUUCCUUAUUCUGCUCUGAAAUUUUUAACCAGUUAAUCAAGGCUGACAGUGAUGUUGAUGAAUACUGAUAAUCAAGAGACAUAAAUAAAGCCAUUUCACAAGUUAUUUUAAAGGAUAUCUUCAAGAAGACCACGUAAAAACAUUUAUGCCUAUACUUUUUUAAUCCCAGAAAAUAAAAUCAAAGGACUACAACACUGUAGAUUUUUUUCUACUUUAUUUAAGAGAAACAACAAGAAGUGCACCAAGCAGUCUACAAAAUCCAGCCUUUCAUAUUUUCUAAAUCAUUGUAAACCAUGUUUUGUUUGGAGCACUUUUAUAAGAGAUAUUUUCCAGGACCCCAGAUAAUCCACAUUGCUCAACAGCUCCUUUAGAAUUGGAUUUUGAGAUAAUAGUUUUACCAUAUCAGUACAUUUCUUACAGUCUUUAUAAAAUGUUUUUCUUCUGGAAUCCACUUAUUAAGGGGAGCAGACCUGAAUUCAUGUAAGUGCUUUCAUUACUUAAGCUUUGCACAGGUGAUUCUCUAGGUAUGGACUUGAUUCCUGCCACAAAGCCAAAUACUAUGCCAAGUGGUCUGUCACACACACUUGCAAUAGUUUCAUGAAGCUUAGUCUCUGAAAUGAGAUUUUAAUCACUAAUGCAUGAGAGAAGUAGCUAUAGGCAGAUUUACUUCAGUUGUGUUUUACAUAAAAUAAGGGUUCGUGUUCAUACAUAAGGCUGAGAAGUUUGUGAAUAACAGCAGAUAUGAUUAAUGUAAGUUACCACAAACUGCAGUCAAGAGCUUCUUAGAUUUUCAUUUAUAGCAUAUUAUAAUUAUUUAUAAAAGUAGUCUUGAAUGGGCAGAUAUUAAGCCUUUUAAACAGGGUGUGAACUUUGUAGAACCCAAAUUCUAAAGGACAAAAUCAGUCCAAAAAAAAAAAAGGUACAAAAUAAUUGUGAUAUAGGUAUCCACCAAAAUGGUUUUCUUUCUCUCUGUCAUGCAAAUGAUCAGAUAGCUUCUACUUGGAUCCCUAUCUGUGCAGAUUAAGGGUGGUUUACAGAUCCCAGAUAAAACUCAAAUUCAAAUUACUCAUCCAGAAAGUGCUCAGUGACUGGUUCUCAGAAGAAUCUGAAGAAGAUUAACAAGGUUUAUCAUUUUAGAAGAAAUGAUUCUGUAGCCAAAAUAAAAAAUGGUGAGAACAAAUUUAAAGUACAAAGAAGGAGCACUUUUAAAGGAAAAUGGAUAUAUGGUGGAACCAGAUCUCAAUUAAGAAUAAGUUGCUAGAUAGAAGACUAUGUAAAUAAUAUUUCUGAAGAUUUCUGGGCUAAUAAGACAAAGUGGAAUAAAAUACUGAUUAUGUCUAUCAUGCAGGAGUGAACAUGGGAGAUAUUUCAGUAAACACUGAUUCAUUGAAAUCUGGCAUCACUAGAAAAAAAAUGGUUAUAAACCAUGAAAAAUUUCUGUCAUGCCUCUGAAAAUGAUGGUGCAGCCAUACCUGAGAAACAGCCUUCAGUCCUGACUCCUGUACAUCGGGGAAGAUGAAAUUCAAGUUGUGAAGGACCACAGCAUG